AUGGCCCCCAAAGGCACCGUAAGCUGGGAACGCUUCGAUGAGCAGACAAAAUUGGCGUUCGUGGGGGACCCUUUAAAUUCGCGUUUUUUCUUCAAGACGCGUGUGACAGCUAACGAUGAAGUGAAGGUAGUUGCGCGGGUGUCGCACCACUCGACGAAGUCUACGCCUGUGGCAUCUCGCACUAUCAAAGGACGUAAUGAGACCGUGAAGUACGCUACGGUGGACACGACCAAUUUCUAUCGACUGACAAGGUUGCUGCGCUUUGUAAUGCAAGAAAUACUCGGGCCCAUGGUUACGCUGCCCGCCCAAACCAUUUCUGACUCAAGAAUUGAAGAUGCACCAGCAUCCGCGAGCCACAAUGACAAAAAGAAGACAAAAAAGAAAAAGAAAGCAGCAAGAAAGUAG